GACUCCCACUACUAGACCAAUAAUAAGCCUGAGAAACCAACCUUCCAUAAAUUAAACAGAUACAAAAUAUUUGCUUAUAAGAAAUGGCAAUGAUGAUCAUCUCCUACUUCUUCUUGUUUGUCGUAAUUUUCAUCUUACCCGCCCACGUACAAGCCCGAAAUCAUGAGUGUGUUUCAUUACGGUGUGGACGCCACGGCCCAGCCGUCCGAUUUCCUUUCCGACUUAAAGACCGACACCCAGACCACUGUGGCCUUCCUGGGUUUCUUCUAUCCUGCACUGAUAAAAACCAAACGGUGCUCGACCUACCGGAUUCAGUAAAACUGUUUGUCGAAAACAUUGACUACAAAUCUCGGAGAAUCCAAUCGUAUCAUCCUGAUCGUUGCUUUCCAAGAGAUAUUCGGCAUCUCAAUUUAUCUUCCUCGCGUUUCCAGUUCAUAACAGAUCAAGAUUACCCUUUACCUGACCAUGCCAUUUUCAAUUGUUCCCGUAAAAAAACAACAGAAGAAGAUGAUCAAUACAGUACUACUCGGAUCUCUUGUCUUAGUGGCCCUACCCACCAAGUUCAUGCCUUGGCUUAUGAAGAUUCCAUCACCCGCUUUCCCUCACCCCCUUGCAUAAGGACUUAUAACGUUAGAUCGAUUCCACGACGUUAUUUGGUAUCCAAGGAUGACCCAACUAUUUACAUGAAUUGGUACAUACCACCAGAUGAAGCGAAAGGUACAUCAACAAAACUAGUCACAAAAAAAGAAACAAAACUAGUCACUGCUGGUGCCGUCAUGGGUUCAUUUCUUGUACUACUGGUGGUCUUUGCUCUCCAACGUGCCUAUAUUAAUUAUAUGGUAGAAAAAGAAUAUCGGGCAAAGAUUGAAAAGUUCUUGGAGGAUUAUAGAAAUUUCAAGCCAACGAGAUACUCGUAUGCUGAUAUUAAAAAGAUUACAAAUCAAUUUGCUGACAAGUUGGGCCAAGGAGCAUACGGUACAGUAUUCAAAGGAAAACUUUCCAAUCAAAUUCAUGUUGCCGUAAAGAUCCUGAACAACAGUUCCAAGGAAAAUGGUGAAGAAUUCAUAAAUGAAGUGGGAAUAAUGGGUAGAAUUCACCAUGUUAAUGUGGUUCGCCUUGUUGGCUUUUGUGCUGAUGGAUUUAGGCGAGCACUAGUUUAUGAGUUUUUAUCAAAUUACUCCCUAGAGAAGUUCAUAUUUUCAGCGAAUGUCAAGAACCGUUUUCUUGGAUGGAACAAGUUGCAAGAUAUUGCUAUCGGAGUUGCAAAAGGAAUUGAAUAUCUUCACCAAGGAUGUGACCACCAAAUCCUCCAUUUUGACAUCAAACCCCACAAUGUUUUGCUUGACGAUAACUUUAAUCCAAAAAUUUCUGAUUUUGGUCUUGCAAAAUUGUGUUCCAAGGAUCAGAGUGUAGUAUCUAUGACUACAGGCAGGGGGACCAUGGGGUACAUUGCACCCGAAGUGUUCUCUAGGAACUUUGGGAAUGUGUCUCAUAAAGCAGAUGUUUAUAGUUUCGGAAUGUUGUUACUUGAAAUUGUUGGAGGGAAGAGAAAUGUUGACACUAGCAAGGUCUACUUUCCAGAAUGGAUUUAUAAUCUUUUAGACCAAAAAGAAGAGCUAAGAGUCUUUAUCGAAGAUGAUGGAGAUACAAAAAUUGUAGAGAAACUUGCAAUUGUGGGACUCUGGUGCAUACAAUGGCACCCAAUGGAUCGCCCUUCCAUGAAACUUGUAGUUCAAAUGUUGGAAGGAGGAGAUAAAUUAGUCAUGCCUCCUAAUCCUUUUGCCUCCUCAAGCCCUACAAGAAUCCAAGCACAGAAGCCUACCACGCGUUUAGGUCAUGAGUUGGAGGUUAUCCCAGAAUUAGAUUAAGUAAAAUUAUUUAGAGUUUGUUUUGAAAUCUUGUUGUAGUUAACCAUUAUUACUUUUGAUUUUGCGAUGUAAAGGGAUUC